CUCCCAUUUCAAUGAUGAUCCAUAUGCGAGUACCAUUGAAACACGAUAUCUUUCCCUCUUUCAAUCUCUUUUGCUUCCGUUUCACUCUCACUCAAAGACGAUGAAGAAAAAGAAGCCAGCGAAUACGAUGAAGGAAUCAACGAUAAGAAACACGUGAAAACGAGGGUAAUUUGGAUAUUAUAUAAAAAAAGUUUAGGAAAAUACUAUAUGUAUUUUUUUUUUUUGCUGCUUCACUGAAUGGUUUGCAAAUUUUAGUAUUGAUGUAAAGUUUUCAUUUUUUGAAAAAAAAAAACAUAAAUGAUAAGACAUAGUCACAUAGUUUUGUAAAUUAAUUAAUUACGAAGAAGAGCCUUUUUAUUUAGGUUUAUUGGAAAACAUAGGUUUAGUGGUGGAGUUUAUUGUUAUUGUCAUUUGUUUCUUCAAAUAUAAAAACCCUAAUUUCUUCUUCUCCCACUCUUUCAUUGCCUUCCCCUAAUUUCCCAUCCUCUUUCCAUAACCCAACAAAAGCUUCAUCUAUGGCCACCUCCGAUUCUGAGCGCCGAGACGACGAGGAGGCUCAUGCCGGAGAAGAUGAAGACACUGGAGCUCAAGUCGCCCCCAUCGUCAAGUUGGAGGCGGUUGAUGUUACCACCGGUGAAGAAGAUGAGGACGCUGUUCUCGAUCUGAAGGCAAAACUGUAUCGGUUCGAUAAAGAUGGAAACCAAUGGAAGGAGAGAGGUGCUGGUACUGUUAAAUUCUUGAAACAUAAGCAGACUGGAAAGGUUCGCCUUGUUAUGAGACAGUCUAAGACGCUUAAGAUCUGCGCUAAUCAUCUUGUUCUUCCAUCAAUGACGGUUCAGGAGCACGCUGGAAAUGAUAAAUCCUGCGUUUGGCAUGCCACUGACUUCGCUGAUGGCGAAUUGAAAGAUGAGCUUUUCUGUAUCAGAUUCCCAUCAAUUGAGAAUUGCAAAUCUUUCAUGGAAACAUUCCAAGAAAUUGCCGAGAGCCAACAGAAGAAAGGGGAAAACAAAGAUGCAUCUGCGGCAGCCGGAUUACUUGAGAAACUGAGUGUCGAAGAAAAAAAAACUGAAGAUAAAGCUGAGGAGGAACCGGCCAAAGCUAAGAAAGAGGAUGAGCCCAAGGGUGAGCCAGAAAAAUCAGAUGCAGAGAAAAAAAAUGAUGAGUAACCAGCUAAUGAUGAUAUUAUCAAAGAUUUUUGAUAUGAAGUUCACCUCUCUUCCAUCCAUGUCUUGUGGUACAUCUAAAAACAUACUCGGUUCUUGGAUUGGAUUUCUGCUGGGGUGGGAGAGAGUGAGAGUCAUCCAAAUUGUACUUUGAUUGGAGUCCCUUUCCUUUCCUUUUUCUUUCUUCCUUUUGAAAAAAUGAGAUUUCUAGUCAUGGUUGUUGUCAAAUGGGGUGGGUUGUGUGACGGGAUGUCUUGCGGUUUGCGAAUCUUGAAAGAGUUAUAGAAUUGUGCGCGCCAAUGCUUAAGCUGAAGAUGCUGCAAGAGGUUAGUGAUUUGCGGAAGACAUCAUACUACACACUUAUUUUUUUGGAUUGAGUUGGGUCGGUUUGGUUUGGUUUGGUUUGGUUUAAUUUGCUGCUCAGUGCCGGAGAUUUUUUUUCUUACCUUCCGGAUGAAGAAAAAAUAUGAUGGGUGUUGUGGUAUUUUAUUGAAGUUUUAGCUCUUUUUAUUUUA